AUGGCCUGGGAUGAAACGAGGGAGGUCCAACUGCAACAAGAGCUAACUUUGAGUACUUCCAUCCAUCCUGGAGCAUCCGGCGCCGCGAGGAGGUUGGAAGAAGGUUGCUGCUGGGCUAUUCCUUUUGGCGAGUUUGGCGGCCCACACCAGAAAACCGCUCGCAGCCGCCCUGCCCACCGCAUGUUCGCGAUGGUGAGACGAGGCGGUUCUCCUCAUGCGCCCAGAACGAAUAUCGACACGUCAAAGUCUAUCAUGUGUGGUCUCUUAAACCAUGAAUGCAAGUGGUCGUCAUCGGGCCCGUUGAACUUCAAUCCAUCGAGCUCCAUGGCCUUCUCUAUUGGAUCAGUUCUCAACAUUGGCGUCUUUGCCGCCACUGCUCGCCGACACGAAUAUGGGAGGGCGGGCGAGAUACCUACGGGAAGGAUCUGGCUGCUCAGCCGUUUACGAGUCGCAUCCACAAUACCACAGGAAAACCAUAUGCGCAUAAAUGCCAGCACGUCCCAUGGGAAGAGCUUUGCAUCGUUCCAUUGCGGGGAACAGCUGAUCUGCGCCUGA